AUGGAGCAAAACAUCCUCUCCCAACCCGAAAUCUCUCCCCUGGAACACGAAGUCCUCGAAGAAUACGAGCGGUUAGCCAACAACAUGAAGCAGCUGGCGGCCGUGCUGGACGGCCUGGCGUCCAGCCCGUCGAUUGAGAUUCUGGACGGGCUGAGGGAUCUGGAGCGCAAGGCGAGCCUGGCGUUUACGCUGCUCAAGACGAGCGUGUACAGCAUUGUGCUGCAGCAGGAGUAUGGUGAGGGAUAG